AUGGGUGUUCCCGGACUGUAUCGACACCUGUCUCAGAAGUGUCCCAAGAUUGUGAGCGAUGUGAUUGAGGACGAGACGACGAUAGUGGACGGUGAGGAGAUCCCAGGCUCGGACUACUCCGCCCCCAACCCCAAUGGCGAGCUGGACAAUCUCUAUCUAGAUAUGAACGGUAUUGUGCAUCCUUGCACGCAUCCCGAGGGUGAGGAGGCUCCUCCGAGCGAAGAUGAGAUGCUUCUGGCCGUUUUCAAGUACACGGAGCGGGUUCUGAACGUGUGUCGGCCCCGCAAGGUGCUGAUGAUGGCGAUCGAUGGAGUUGCUCCUCGAGCCAAGAUGAACCAGCAGCGAGCCCGACGGUUUAGAUCUGCCAAGGACGCGGCCAUCGAGGCCGAGAGCACGCUGGAGUCCGAGCUCAAGGCCAAGACGAUUGAGCUCCAGUCGUCGGGCGAAAAGGGCAAAAGUCUGGAGACGAUUCUGGACGAGUUCAAGCAGGGACUGGUGAAUAAGCCUGGUAAAUGGGACUCCAACGCCAUCACCCCCGGUACCCCGUUCAUGGAGAAGCUGGCUGCUGCUCUGCGCUACUGGGUCGGCUACAAGCUCAACACCGAGCCGGGAUGGAGAGAUCUCAAGGUGGUCAUUUCGGACGCCACCGUGCCCGGAGAGGGAGAGCACAAGAUCAUGGAGUUCAUCCGGUCACAACGCGGCGACCCUACCUACAAUGCCAACACUUCGCACUGCAUUUACGGUCUGGAUGCCGAUCUGAUUUUCCUGGGUCUGGCUACCCAUGAGCCCAAGUUCAAGCUGCUUCGAGAAGACGUGUUUCGCCAGAACAAAACCGCCGGCCACCAGAAAAAGCCUUUCAUCUGGCUCAACAUUGACAUUCUGCGAGAAUACCUGCGAGAAGACCUGCGAUUCACCCACCCACAGACUAAGAUUCCGUUUGAUCUAGAGCGGGCGAUUGACGACUGGGUUUUCCUGUGUUUCUUUGUCGGCAACGAUUUCCUGCCACAUUUGCCGGCCUGCGACGUGCGCGACGGCUCCAUCAACGUGCUGGUCAACCAGUGGAAGAACGGAAUGACCCGGUGGAAGGACUACAUCACCUGCGACGGCCAUGUGAAUCUUGCUCAGGCCCAAGACUUGCUCAAGAACUUCGCCACCCAGGAGCAGCGCAUUCUGGUGCACCAGGAACAGGACCGAGUGGAGUAUGAAAAGUCUCAGGCCAACAAGGCCGCCAAACAGCAGGCCCACAGAGACUCCAAGAAACUGAGACAGCAGGGCGAGCAGGCGGCUCUCGAGUCCAUGCCUCUGUACGACACCAAGGGUGAGUCUGUGGGCGACGUUCAGCUCACUAACCGAGAGUUGGUGGGCCAGAGAAACGACAUUACCCUGGCCAACCUGGCUAAUCAGGACGCGGCCGAUAAGCUGCGAUUUAUGCUGAAACGAGGAUCUGAUACCGGAGCUGAGGAACCUGCCAAGCGAGCCAAGAUUGAAGAGGAACCGAAAGAGGCCGAAUCCAACUCGUCAGAGGCAACUCCUCCAACUGCGAACCCCUCCAUCGCCAACGACGCAGACCUCUCAAACCCCAACGUGACGGUGCACGAAACCACAGGCUAUGCCGAUCAUGUGCAGUUCCACAAGUCUGGAUACACAGAACGGUACUACAUGAACAAGUUCCACGCCAAGGAGGACGAGGUUGACAACCUGCGGCGUCAGGUGGCCGAAGAGUAUAUGAAGGGCGUGUGCUGGGUGCUCAUGUACUACUAUCAUGGCUGCCAGUCGUGGUCGUGGUUUUACCCUUACCACUAUGCUCCUCUGGCGGGCGAUUUCGACCAGAUUUCAAACAUGAAGGUGGAGUUCGGAGAGUCUGCUCCUUUCCGACCUUAUGAGCAGCUCAUGAGUGUUUUGCCUGCUGCGUCGGGCCACAACUUGCCGGCUGUCUUCCGACCUCUCAUGUCCGAGGAGAACUCGCCGAUUAUCGAUUAUUAUCCGGAAAACUUCCAGCUGGAUCUUAAUGGAAAGAAGCAGGAGUGGAAGGCGGUUGUUCUGCUGCCCUUCAUCAACGCUGAUCAUCUUUUAGAGCACGUUCAGGCCAAAUACACCGAGUUGACACCUGAAGAAAAAGACAGAAACACGCUGCGAGAAGAAAUUGUCAUUUUCCACCGGCUCGGCAAGUACGCCAAGACCCUGGAGAAGCGCGGACUGAUGGAGAAGGGUGUCAUUGUGUCCAAGAAGCCUCUUGUUUUGAACUCACACGAGACCAGCGGUCUGGCUGGUACCGUGGAGCGUCAGAAUGAAGCGGAUCGAACUUCUUCCAAACCCCAUCUCACCUUCCCUCUCAAUGUGAGCACGGACCAAACCAUGCCCAGCUUUGAGGCGGACAAAAACAUGGCCAUGACGCUGGAGUACAAGAUCCCCAAGCUCGAAUACGAAAACAAGUCCAUGUUGCUGCAGGGCUACAUUCCCCCCAAGUACACUCUCAGCGACGAGGAGCGAGAGGCGAUUCGAAACCGAGAGCGGCAGCGACGAGGUGGCCAGCAGGACUCCCGGCUGUUUUCUAACACGGACCACCGUCAGCAGCAGGAGCUUCUCAUGAACGGCUCCUACCUGGCGUUCAAGAAGCUGUCUCUCAGAGACCAGCCUCCGCCUGCCAAGGAGGACUGGAUGUUGAACGACCCCAAACUGGCUGGAGAUCGAGGCAACGGAGGAUACAACAACCGUGGAGGCUUCAACAACCACCGGGGAGGACGAGGAGGCUUCAAUAACCGUGGACGGGGAGGAUUCAACCAUGGUGGAGGAGGUUUCAAUAAUAGCCGAGGAGGUUAUGGAGGUGGAGGAGGGGGAUAUGGAGGUGGAGGAGGCCAAGGUUACGGAGGAGGCCAAGGUUACGGAGGAGGCCAAGGUUACGGAGGAGGCCAAGGUUACGGAGGAGGAGGAUAUGGAGGUGGACAGGGCUACGGAGGAGGAGGAUACGGAGGAGGAUAUGGAGGUGGCCAUCGAGGCGGUCAUCGAGGAGGUCGAGGAGGUCAUCGGUACUAG